AUGCCUCGAAGAACAGCGAAUGGUCGACGUCCAGAUGAUUUGGAUGAAUUUUGGUUUGAAAAAAUUGUUGUUACAACAAAGACUGCUGAAGAAAUUCGUGAACAUACCAUUGCAGCAGAUCUUUCCCCUGUUGCUAAAACAUUAGCUAUGCUUGAUUCUCGUUCGGAUAUUCAACGUCUUGCUGGCAUUCGUUCUAUUUCAUCUGUGAUUAUUUCUGAUCGAGACGAAACUUUUAAUCGUAUAUUACCGAAGUUUAAAGCUAUUAUCGAACAAACACUUGAUAAUGGAGAACAUUCAGUAGCAGCAGAAACAAUCGUUUGUAUGAUAGAACAAAAAUUGUUAUCUUACUCGGAAUUUAUGUUAUUAUUUUCACCGAUGAUUUGCAAAUUUGUAUUUCCUACUACAACAAAUCGUUUUUCAACGGAUUUUGGUCAUAUAUGGUGCCAAGCAUUAUGCAAUAUAAUUGACGCUUUCCCAAAUACAACUUCAAUUAAUUCGCUACUUGAUUUAGUUUUCAACCAUAGUUUACAUGGUUCAUAUGUUCGAGACCGAUUGGCAAUAAUCCUAGCUAAACUAUCAACUCGAUUGAAUGCACAAACAAUCGAAAAUCGUUUGUUGCCUGUAUUCAAAAAUUUCAUCAAUGAUACCAAUUCUGACAUUCGUGCACUAGCUUGCCAAGAACUACCGAUUCUUGCCCGAUUAUUCGAAUCAAAUCAAAUGCUCAAUUUGAUAUUACCAUUAUUUGUAAUAUUAUCUAAGGAUGAUAAUAUAAAUGUACGACAGACAUGUUUCGAAUCGUUGCUUGAUCUAAGUAAUAGUUUGAAUGACUCGAGAUCUAUUGAACAAGUUAGUGACAUGAUAAUUGCACUUAUUAAAUUUGGUUUAUCAUCACGAACGUUGAAAUUUGUUUCAACAAUAGCGAUACGUCUGCACGAUUUAUGCCAUGCACUGACUAUUUUUCGUGUUGAUGAAUAUCAAUUUAUUCGUGAAACAUUUUUACGGUUAAGUCAAGAAAAACAAUAUUCAGAGUGCCGAUUAGCUUGUGCAAAACAUUUUUCGUCCGUUAUUGAUUAUCUCGGUCCAGAUGAAUUAACAAAUGGAUUCGAAGAAUUAUUUUUCGAGCUAUGUAAUGACAAUGAUACAAAAGUUUGCGCGACGAUGUUGUCAACAAUAAUUAAUCUUACGAAAUUGUGCGAUGAUAAUAAAGAAAAGAAAUAUAUGUCAACGAUAUGGAAUGGUUUUGCAUCAUUAUUAAGCAAUUCAAAUCUUAAUGUUAUGCUUUCGAUAGCAACCAAUUUAUUAAAUAUUUUUAUUGCAUAUUCAAGAAAUCAAGAGGAAGGUUUUGCGCACGGAUCAAUUUGUUCGACGCCAGUGAUAUCCGAUUCGGACAGAUUUAUAAAUCAACUAUUGGACUAUGAACGACAAAUAUUUGAAACAACGCUAUCAUGGCGUUCAUGUAUAUUAUGUUUGCAAGCGUUUGCUCAUUUACCAUAUUUAUUAUCAAGUGAACAAAUUCAAACAAAAAUUUUACCACGUGUUUUUCAACGUAUCUAUAGUAAACAAGUUUGUGUUCGUGAUACCGCUGUUGAUAUUUAUGUUCAAUUAUUAAGAAAAAUUCCUCGCCGAUCCAUACGAAGAACUGCAUUUCAAAAAUUAAAAACUGAAUUUCUAUUAAAUAAAUCUUAUCAAUGGCGUAUUAUGUAUAUAAAAGUGUGUCGACAAAUUCUUGUUCAUUAUUCCAAACGAUUUUUUAAAGAAAAUUUUCUUGAUACAAUUAUUUCUAUUGAAUAUGAUCCUGUUUUAAGUGUUCGAAUUCAAUUAGUUCCAUUGCUUGUUGAAAUAAAAUCAAUUCUUCGUUUACCAGCCGAUCUUCAAUCAAUAUCAAAAAUUGAAACAAUGAUGGAAUAUUUUCUUGCCGAUAAAACUUUAACAUUGCAUGAUCUGGCUAAUAAUGGUCUUUUACAAUUAGAUCAAAUACGUUCCUAUAACACAUUAUCGUUAUCGAACCAUUCAACAGAUGAUAAAAAUGAUCAGCAAAAAGAAAACGAAGAGUAUUUUCUUGAUGAAAUCGAUAUAUCAUCACGUCGUUCAUUGAAUAAAUCAAGUGAGCCAUAUUCAAUAUCGAAACGUCUUACAGAUACAUCAAUAUCAACUAAACAACAAACAUCAUUGCGAACUUCACAAUUGUUAAAAACUUCAGCAGAUAUUCAUCGGAGAAAAUCAUCACUACCUACAGAUGUACAUCAUCAAAGUAAAGAUAAUAAAGUAUCUGUAACAAAGCAACGCCGUGGACAAACAUUUACUGAUGCUACAACAUCAUCGCGAUUAAUACAUCAAACAUCAACCAAGAAAAAUUCGAAAUACUCAAUAAGCCGGCGUCAUUCGGACACGGACACAAUGAUGCAACCAAUUCUCCGCGUCCGAGCGAUAGAGCCAACUAGGCAACCAUUUAAUUUGAGUUUUGCUGAAAAUGAUGUACCACAAUUAUUCUGUCAAUUGGACGUGCUUCGUCGAUCAGAAGAAGAAUCGGAAUAUGCUUAUUGGAAAGAAAAAGCGCGAUGGGUACGUUUUGAAGAAAUAGCAGAAAAUGUUCUAGGCCGCUGGUCUAAACCUCAUGUAGCAACAUUAAUGCAAACUGCUUUAUUAGAUUUGAAAAAUUUAUUAUCUAACGGGGUUAUUCUUCUGAAUGCUCACGCAACAGAUUUAGGCAAUCUUUCACAAACGAUGGUCCAAGCACUUAUCGAUGCUAACUACAUUGAUGAUGUAGAUAAUGCUCAAAAACUUCUUCGAAUUCUUGGUCUACCACAUUUUCAUCAUCAUGAAAAACGUUCUGUUAUGAAAACUGCAAGUUCAGUUAGUUUAACUAAACAACAAGGCCUCCAUCCAAGUCCAAGUUUUGUGAUUAAUCAUUUAUCUAAAAGAGAAGAUGAAACUGAUAUGAUGCAAGAUAUGUCUGCACCACAUUUGAUUAGUAAACCAUCAAGUCAUGAUAUGGCAUUGGAUGAACUUGAUGAAACAAAUACUGCUGCAGUGACACCAUCAGCGAAGGAUUAUAAUACUAAAUUACAACGAAAAUUAAGUCGUAAAACUGAAGGUGCUUCAAUAUUGAUAUGUCCGGUGACAUUUGUUCGUCAAUCAACAGUUGUUGUUGUUCGUCUUGAAAAUGCUCUUGAACUAUUAGGAAUGCUUGAAAUAAAGUUGUAUUCGCGUUUCCUUGUUCUUUUAAUUGGACCAGAAGAAAAUGAAAAACAAUUGCUACAAGUGGGCCGAACAAUGGCAACUAUUCUAACUGAUGAUAUAUGUAGAGAAUUUGCUUAUACAUCCAAAGAUUCUGCUGGUAUCAUGAGUAUGAUGGAUAGAUUUAUGCAAGAUACAUAUGUUAUUCCACCAUCGGAAUGGGAUCCAACAAUUCGAAUUGAACCGCCAUCGAAAUAUAUGAGCAAGGAACAAAGGCAGCAAGCACCAGAAGAAAAAGCAGCAGAAACUGAGGAGAUUGAUUUAACUCCUCAUGCAGAUCCGAAUUUAAAAGCAUCAAAAAGGCCGUUUUAUGGUCUUUUCUGUGAUAUAAGGAAUAAAUUACCCUAUUAUGUAUCAGAUUUUACUGAUUGUGCUAGUUUAAAAUGUAUAGCUGCUACAAUUUAUUUGUAUCUUGUCUGUCUUUGUUCAGUUGUUGCUUUUGGUGGCAUGCUUGGAACUGCAACAAAUAAUUAUAUGGCAACUAUGGAGUGUAUUCUUUCCGCUUCCGUGAGUGGUAUUAUAUAUGCUUUAUUUUCCGGCCAACCGUUAAAUAUUUUGUCGGCAACUGGUCCUAUGUUAAUUCUUGAACGUAUAUUAAAAACAAUGUGCCAUGAUUAUGGUUUUGAUUUUCUUGAGUUUCGUUUAUGGAUUGGUAUUUGGGUUUGCGUAAUGUUAUCAGUAUUUGUGACAUUUAACUUGAGUUUUCUCGUUAAAUAUAUAACACGUUUUACUGAAGAUUGUUUUGCAUCAUUAGUUGCAUUAAUAUUCAUUUUUGAUGCAAUCCGUGAAAUAUUGCACAUUCGCGUAGUCUAUCCAAUCAAUUAUGCACCGAAAAUUCCGUUAAAUUAUUCAUGUUUUUGUAAGAUAGCUGGUAUUGGUGUUAGUCACAAUAAAACAGUACUGUCUUACAACAAUACAAUCAAUUAUCUAGUAAAUGCAGUAAAUUUAAAUGAAACAUCUAAAAUGGCAUGCAAAAAUCUAGGCGGUCGUGUUUUUGGUGCUGGCUGUACAACACCUGACUAUCAUCCUGAUAUAUUCUUUCUUUCCGUACUAUUAUUUGUCUUUACAUUUUUUAUUUGUAUGGGUUUACAAGAAUUUCGAACUAGCUCAUUCUUUCCAUCAAAGAUUCGAUCAACUCUUGGCGAUUUUUCUGUUUUAAUUGCAAUUGUAACAAUGUCGGCAUGGGAUGCAUAUUUACGUUUAGAUACACCGAAAUUACAAGUACCAAAAGAGUUUAAACCAACAUUACCAAAUCAACGUGGCUGGUUAGUACCAUUCUUUGGUAAAAAUUCCCUUUGGGCUAUACCAAUAGCAAUCAUUCCAGCUAUAAUAGCAACAAUACUCAUUUUUAUGGAUCAACAAAUUACAGCUGUAAUUAUCAAUAGAAAAGAAUUUAAAUUAAAAAAAAAACUUGGUUAUCAUCUUGAUUUAUUUGUUUUAUCUAUUUCAAUAUUAGUACAAUCACUGCUUGGUUUACCUUGGUUCGUAGCAGCCACUGUCUUAGCUUUAACACAUGUUAAUGCAUUAAAAAUUAUGAGUGAAAAUUCAGCACCGGGAGAAAAACCAAAAUUUGAAGGCAUUCUUGAACAACGUGUUAGUGCACUUUUAAUGUCUAUUUUAACUGGUCUCAGUGUAUUAUUUACCAAUGUUUUGGGCUUCAUUCCAAUGCCUGUUCUCUAUGCUGUUUUCAUGUUUAUGGGUGUUUCAGCUAUACGAAAUAUGCAAAUCUUUGAUCGAGUUCUAUUGAUACUCAUGCCACAGAAACAUCAACCUGAUCAUCCUUAUUUAAGACAUGUACGCAUAACCCGUGUUCAUUUAUUUACGAUUAUACAAAUAAUUUCACUUGCUGGUAUGUUCGCUAUAAAAAGUAUAAAAUCUAUAGCACUUGGUUUUCCAUUAUUGGUACUUGCAACAUGUUUCGUUCGGAAAUUAUUGGAUAAAAUGUUUACGCAAGAAGAACUUUUCUGGCUUGAUGAUAUAUUACCUGGCACUAAAAUUGGUCGUAUCCGUCGCAAAUCGAUUGUUCGAAAUGUUCAUAUGCCUAAACCGGGCGAUGAUGAUAAUAAGGAAACGAUAACACUGCCAAAAACCAAGUAUAAUACUGAAGUUAAACAAGAUGGAUCAGGAAAUAGUUUAAAAUGCAUUUCAGAGAUUAUAAAUAAUCCAUCAGCAAAACAAGAUUAUAUUAAUGAUGAUCAUAUGCCAAAUAAUGAUUCGGGUCAAUUGCAUACUCCACUAAUUGUUGUCACAGAAGCAUUGCCAUCAGAGGAAUCAGCAGCAGAAGAAGAAACCGUCAAAUCACAAGCAGCAAAUAAUAAAAAUAAUCAACCAAAAAGCUCUACACAUGCACCAUCGGUGACCUUUGUUGCUGGUCACCCUGAAGAUGAUUAA